GGUGAGAGGGGCACCUGAAAAAAAGUAACGACUAGAAAUUUUUGCAUAAUCGAAGUUGAAUCAUUUUCUCUCUGCAACAAAAGACAUAAGAAAAUACACAAGGUUCCUGAAUCUCCUGAUGUUGCGAGUUUCUGAACUGCUAGCUAGACAAUUCUCAGGCACAACAAUACGGCAGACUCGAUUGAUAAAGGGACCUACAGCCACUACUGCUACAACCAUCCUCUUCUUUCUCAUUCUCAUCACCCUCACCUUUAUUUCUGCCAUUCGUCUUCACACUUCUAAAGUUUCUGCUUAUAUUUCAACAAACUUUACUAUAACAAUCUCUGAAAAGCAUCAAACACCCACCAAAAGAAUUGAAUUCCCAUUGAACUGUUCCAUUGGAAACCAAACACAAACCUGUCCAACAAACUACCCUAAAACCUUCAACCCCAUCAAUGAUCUCGACCCAUCACCAAGACCCGUAUGCCCAGAAUAUUUCCGGUGGAUCCACGAGGAUCUACGGCCAUGGAAAGCCACAGGAAUCACAAGGGAUAUAGUUGAGAAAGCCAAGGGGAGUGCACAUUUUCGGCUAGUGAUAGUUAAGGGCAAGGCCUAUAUUAAGAAGUACAAGAAAUCAAUACAGACAAGGGACGUGUUUACUAUAUGGGGUAUUUUGCAGCUUCUAAGAUUGUACCCUGGUAGGAUUCCGGACUUGGAGCUCAUGUUUGACUGUAAUGACCGGCCGGUCAUCCUAUCAGGCGGCUACAACAUGACGCUGGCUCCGCCGCCGUUGUUUCGGUAUUGUGGUGACAGGUGGACGAUGGAUAUUGUCUUCCCUGAUUGGUCCUUCUGGGGUUGGUCUGAGAUAAAUAUAAAGCCAUGGGAAAGCUUGCUAAAAGAACUUAAAGAAGGUAACAAGAGGAGCAAGUGGAUCAAAAGGGAACCAUAUGCUUACUGGAAGGGAAACCCUGCUGUAGCUGAAACCAGAAGAGACCUCCUCAAAUGCAAUAUCUCUGACAAACAAGACUGGAAUGCUCGCUUAUAUGCCCAGGACUGGAUCCUUGAGUCUCAGCAAGGAUAUAAGAAAUCAGACCUAGCAAGCCAAUGCACACACAGAUACAAGAUCUAUAUUGAAGGAUGGUCCUGGUCUGUGAGUGAAAAAUACAUUCUAGCCUGUGAUUCUGUCACACUGCUUGUAAAACCAACAUACUAUGAUUUCUUCACUAGAGGUCUAAAACCUGUGCAUCACUACUGGCCUAUAAGGGAUGACGACAAGUGCAAAUCCAUUAAAUUUGCUGUAGAUUGGGGAAACAAUCACAAACAAAAAGCACAAGCAAUUGGAAAAGCAGCAAGUGACUUCAUUCAAGAAGAGCUGAAGAUGGACUAUGUGUAUGACUAUAUGUUUCAUCUAUUAAAUGAAUAUGGUAGGCUCUUGAAAUUUGAGCCCAAAAUUCCUGAAGGAGCUAUGGAGCUGUGCUCGGAGACUAUGGCCUGUAGUGCAAAUGGAUUAGAGAAGAAGUUCAUGAUGGAAUCCUUAGUGAAGGGGCCUUCUGUGACAAGCCCAUGCACCAUGCCUCCUCCUUAUGAACCCCGAGUUCUUGGAAAUCUUCAUAGGAGGAAUAUGAAUAUAAUUUUUUUUUGACCAAAGGCGAUAAAAUUUUAUUAAG